AUGAGCUUACGCUUUAGCGUGGACGCGCUUCAGAUGCUAAUUGAGUUUAAAUUGUCCGCAGACGUGUUUCCGUCCAAGAGCUUAAUGAACAUUUUUAGCGAUCUGCUGCCUGUGCACAGCAAGUGCAACCUGCCUGCGUUUUUGUCAGAAUGUGCGUACGAGUACUUCUACAGCGGAAAAAAAGGCCCUGCCCCAGCAAAGAGCGAGUUUCUUGAGUGGGUUGCAAAGUGGGUAGAGGACGUCCAGGCAAGAAUUCUAAAGGUAAAGCUAACCAGAGAAGCCCCGCCAUGCUCUGCAGGCAGCCCCCAGGCCGUGCAAAGUGCAGCCGCAGAAAGGUGCUUUGUGGUGAUAAACAGCGAAGAAAUCUGCAAAAACAGCAAGGCCUACAAGGCCCGUCAAAGGCUGCUUCAGGGCAUAAAAGACCAGCAAAAGGAGGAGAACCCGAAAAUAAAAAGAGUGCGAAUGUCUGUGUCGGAGGACAUUCUGAAGUGCGAAAUGAAAAGCCCGCCCGAGAAAAAGCCCGCUGCGGAGCUGCACGCGCCGCCAACGGCAGCAGUCAAAGAGGCAAAAGACACAAAGCAGUUGACCAAGAGCAGCCUACUGUCGUUUAUCACAAAAAAAGAGGACCAAAAAAACCCGUGCCACAGAAAAAUCGCUCUAAAACCACUCGGAAGAUUUUAUGGAAAGGUGGAAACCAUACGGAAGUGCAAAGACAUCAACAAGCCUGUCAAAAUGGUGUUCUGCCGCAUACACGGGCAGAUACGCCCCCCGCUGUACAUGCUUAAGGCGCAGAGAGACCUUUCGAGGGUGGUGCACGCCUCUCGAAACUCUACCCACAAAGUGCUUCCGCUAGAAGAGUACAUUUACGACUCGGAAGAAGAGUGGAUAGAAGGCGAGGGCGAAAGCAUAGACGAAGAGUCUGAAGAAAGCGACGAUGAAGAGUCUGAAGACGCCGAGUGGGUGGAGAAGGACACAAACGAAGUGUUUUUUACCAAAGGCCAGCUUCCUAGAAUGGACCACCCUGUCUUUACUGUGGUUGAAGUCAGCGAAGAAAGCCUGUCUAAGGACGAGCAGCAUGUUUCCUUUGCAUAA